GUGCGCCGCCCUCCUCCCUAUCUCUCUCUCCUCCCCUUCCGACUCCGAAGCCGCGCGAUUCGCCUCCCUCCCACCUCCAAACCCUAACCCCGCCGCGCCGCUCCAAUGGCCGACGUCAUCGACCCCGCCUUCGAGGCGCCCCGCGCGCGCCGCCCGCCGCCCGACAGCCCGGAGGACCGCUCCCCGCCCCUCCCGCCCCCGCCGCCCGGUGGACCGCCGGCCGCGGCCACCCGCAAGCGGAGCCGCUCGCCGCCGCCGCCGCCGCCUCCCUCCUCUCUCCCGCCGCCGCCUCCGCUCGGGUCGUCGCGCCCCGAGCGCUACCGCGACAGCCACCACCGCGCCCGGGGUGGGGGAAGCUCCAGCCCGCCGCCGUCUUACCGGGGUGGCCGCCGCCACUCUCCGUCCAGGAGAUCCCCCUCGCCGCCGUUCAAGAGGUCGCGGCGGGACGACGGGUACGACCGCCGUGGGGGCCGUGGGAGCCCGCCACGGUACGGAUACGGUGACAGGAGGUAUGGGUAUGAUUACGAGCGAGGCGGAGGAAGGGGUGGGUAUGAUGACGACCGAUACCAUGGCAGGUAUCAGAAUCGUGCUGCAGAUUGGCCUGAUUCAGGGUUUGGGGCAUCCAAUGAUGGUCCUGGGAUUACCCAAAGGGAAGGCUUGAUGACCUACAAACAGUUCAUGCAAGUUCUUGAGGAUGAUAUUCUACCUGCUGAAGCUGAGAGACGGUACCAAGAAUACAGGACAGAGUACAUCACUACCCAAAAACGUGCUUAUUUUGACAUUCACAAGAAUGAUGAGCUAUUGAAAAACAAAUACCAUCCGACCAAUUUAUCAUCUGUUAUUGACAGUAGGAAUGCACGUUGUAAGGGAGUAGCAAGUAAUUUCUUUCAUGAUUUGCAAAAUGGAACUCUGGACCUUGGCCCUGGAAUAACUGCGGCUGCAGCAAGUAAAGCAGCAAGUGGCAGUGAUGGAAACACUGAUGAUGAUGGAGACAAUGACAAGAGGAGAAAGCAUGGUAGGAUCUCCUCGAAAGAAACAGACCCUCUUUCUGGUGCUCCCGUGGCUCAUCCAGUAAGCUCUGAAUCUCGACGGGUCCAAGUUGACAUUGAACAAGCUCUGGCCCUUGUGCGUAAGCUUGACACUGAGAAGGGUAUUGUGGGGAAUAUCCUAUCAAGUGGUGAUCAUGACAAAUCAGAUGUGGACAAGUCUCAUAUUGGAUCUAUGGGACCUAUAAUUAUAAUCCGAGGCUUAACUACUGUCAAAGGCCUUGAAGGUGUUGAGCUCCUAGAUACUCUUCUUACCUAUUUAUGGCGCAUUCAUGGUGUUGAUUACUAUGGCAUGUCUGAGGCAAAUGAACCAAAAGGCAUUCGCCAUGUGAGAGCAGACAGUAAGGCGUCUAAUACAACUAAUAUCAAUGCCGCUGAUUGGGAAAAGAAGCUGGAUACUUUCUGGCAGGAAAGGCUGAUUGGUCAGGACCCCAUGGUAAUAUUAGCAGCCAAGGACAAAAUCGAUGCAGCAGCAGUUGAAGUUCUCGAACCUUAUGUCAGGAAGAUAAGGGAUGAAAAGUAUGGAUGGAAAUAUGGCUGUGGAGCCAAGGGCUGUACAAAGCUUUUCCAUGCUCCUGAGUUUGUACACAAGCAUUUGAGGCUGAAGCAUCCCGAGCUUGUGAUAGAGUUGACUUCCAAAGUCCGAGAGGAUCUUUAUUUCCAAAAUUACAUGAAUGAUCCUAAUGCACCUGGUGGAACCCCAGUCAUGCAACAGUCUGCACCAGACAAAUCAAGACAGAGACCUGGUAUGGAUAAUCGUCUGAGAUAUGACCGUGCCAAUCGUAGAGAAUAUGAUAGGGCGGAGAGAGAUGGAGGCAGAUAUAGUAGAGGCGAUCGUUCUCCAAGUCGUGAUGGCGCUGAUGAUCAGAUGUUUGAUGCUUUCCGUGGGCGAGGUCCAAAUGCUCCUUUUGUUCCUGAAAUCCCUGCUCCCCCAAUUUUGAUGCCUGUUCCUGGUGCUGGUCCGCUGGGUCCAUUUGUUCCCGCACCUCCAGAAAUAGCCAUGCAUAUGUUGAGAGAGCAAGGGCCGCCACCUCCAUUUGAACCGAACGGUCCUGCUCAUGGCAACGCAGGAGUGCUAGGACCAAUGAUGGGCGGUCCUGCACCAAUUAUAACUAUGCCUCCAUCUUUUCGCCAUGAUCCUCGUCGUUUGCGAAGUUAUAACGACCUUGAUGCUCCGGACGAGGAAGUUACCGUUCUUGACUACAGAAGUUUGUAGACCAUGCCCUGAUGUAAUUUUCCGAUCACAACUCAAGCAUCUCCAGUCUAGGUAGUCGCGUUUUUUUUUUUGACGUAGGGGAUGUCAUGAACAAUAGAGCAUUUUUUUGAGGUGUAAUGCAUCAGCAACUGUUGUAUCUCAAAUGGCAAAACUGUUAUUGAAUUGUGCACCGUGUGCACCUGCAGUCCUAAGAAGUGAUGAACACAGUAUGAUUUUUGAUAAAUGUCCUUUAGACGUUUGACAAAACGUUGUAGCUGACAACAUUUUCUCCAUUGGAAGUUAUUAAUAAAUGUUGUCAUUUUCUC